CAUAAAUUGAGCCCACAAGAAACCGUCCUUCUGGGAUUGUUCAGAUAUUGCUUCCAGAAAGGUCUGUGUUCUAAAGUCAACCUUCAGCCACCAGUCAACAAUGAGAGUAACUACCAUAUUCCUCCUUUUCACUGCAGGGCUCUUCUGUACUUUAGGAAAUGCUGAGCUGGAUUACAGUGACAGCAGUGAGGAGGAAGAGGUAAAAGUGACUCUCCCUGACUGUGAGAAAUACAAUCUGCCGGCAUGUUCUAAAAAAGUGGAUUUUGUCUGUGGCACUGAUGGAAGGACAUAUGACAAUGAAUGUCUCCUGUGUCUUGAGAGUCAGAAGAAGAAAGUAAAAAUUGGCAUUCUGAAUCGUGGAAAAUGUUGAAAGCAUGGAACACGUGCCGCUUCUGCUGAAGAAUUCAGGAGUGGGUUUUCUGAGUGUUCCUGAUGAAGACAUGUAGCACUUAGAACCACUAUAUUGAUUAAACUCCUGAUCUUAAACAAUAAAACAAAAGCAUUACAUUGC